AUGAACACAACACGGGACAGUCACCCUCAUACACCUACGGUACCCGCGCUACUCCUCCCGCGAGCUCUAAACACACUACCUCCGCACCGACCUCCGCAUCACGAAGUGCCGUGCCCCGUUCUCCUCUCACUACUGCGAUCGACCGCCUUCCGAAGCCGCAUAAGGUAUUUCUGCACCUACACACAUGGCCAUGGACAGCUAUUACUGCAGGAAUAGCUCCUCCCAAUCUCUCGACGAGUAGCACGCAGGCGAUCCAGCUGUCGAUACAUACCCGAACCUAGACCUCGAAACCGUGCCGUGCGCCUGUCGCAUCGUAUGGCUCCCAUAUAAUCUCAAGAUAUGGACGAGUGAAUUUCUCACAAAUCCUCGUGGAGUGGGGAACCACCACAAACAUGGAUCGUCGGGGAGGAUAGCCAGCGGAAACUUCAUAGCGCACUUGUGUGCCAGAGUUCAUCCAUCGCCAUGGCCUCAAGACCACAGAGAGCACACGCGCAGCGCUCGUAGCUGUCUCUCCUUUGCGUAUUGCUUUGGAGGUAUCGCGGCUACGAGGCUCCCGACGAACCAUAUACCAUUCUUAUGUCUGUGGGGGCUUGCGUUUUGCUCCAUCCGCACCCGCGCUUUGCAAGUCGCUAGUCUGGCGAGUUCAAUAACUUUCAGCUUACGCCAAUUGGGAAGUGGCUGGGUGAUGGAAGUUCAUAGCCAACUCGCGGCACGCACGAUCAUGCGUUUUUCAUAUUUCUGGGCGGUAAGGUUGUUCACCAUUGAUAUUUCGGAAGCUGAU